ACAUACUCGAUCCAAACCCGACAAGCCCGACCCUUGAUAUAAAGAGCCCAACAUUGUAGUGUAGACCCAUCCCAUAUGCACAGAAUAAUGUCCUAUAAAGCUUAUCUUUUCCCUCCAUGUCUUUCAUUUUCCUGUGUAAAUUCUUUAGAUUUCUGCACACCACAAAACACUUCAUUUGGAUUCCCACUCUUAUCCUUCAACAACAUUAAUCACACUGCAUUUUGCUAAUGCUCUGAAGCUAUUACAACCUUUUAAGGAUAUUAAAAGGAGAAAUUAAGAAGAAGAGAUGAGAGUUGCAGUAGUAGGUGGAGGAAUAAGUGGACUAGGAGCAUCAUAUGAGCUUGCAAAAGCAGGAGUGAAUGUGGUGUUAUAUGAGAAGGAAGAUUAUUUAGGUGGACAUGCCAAAACCGUUCAUUUUGAUGGCAUUGAUUUAGAUCUUGGUUUUAUGGUCUUUAAUCGGGAAACUAAGAAGAGUAAGAACAUAGCACAAGUGAGGUUGGAUUCUAAAAAUCAAGCAAUAGGAUUAGCUCACUCCGAGUUAUAUUUCUUCGAUGUUACAUAUCCAAAUAUGAUGGAGCUCUUUGAAAGCCUUGGCAUUGAAAUGGAGAGCUCUGAUAUGUCAUUUUCUGUGAGUUUAGAUGAAGGCCGCGGAUGUGAAUGGGGAAGUCGAAAUGGAUUGAGUGGUUUGUUUGCACAGAAAACUAAUGCAGUUAAUCCAUACUUCUGGAAAAUGAUCCAAGAAAUCAUCAAGUUCAAAACUGAAGUGACAAUGUACCUUGAAGAGCUUGAAAAUAACCCGGACAUGGAUCAUACUGAAACUCUAGGCCAUUUUAUCACAUCAAGAGGUUACUCUGAGUUAUUUCAGAAGGCUUAUCUAGUUCCAAUGUGUGCUUCAAUCUGGUCUUGCCCUUCAAACACAGUGAUGAACUUUUCUGCUUUCUCCAUAUUUUCCUUUUGUCGCAAUCAUCAUCUACUUCAGAUUUUUGGCCGUCCACAAUGGCUUACUGUGAAAGGGCGCUCACAUUGUUAUGUAAAUAAGGUUAGGGAGGAGUUGGAGGUUAGAGGAGUUCAAAUAAAAACCAGCUGUGAAGUGCAUUCUGUUUCAACUAGUGAUGAAGGUUGUACCUUGUCGUGUAAUGAUGGUUCAGAAGAUAGAUAUGAUGGAUGCAUUAUAGCUUCCCAUGCACCAGACGCCAUAAGAAUACUAGGAAAACAAGCAACAUAUGAUGAAACAACUAUACUUGGCGCUUUCCAAUACAUAUACAGCGAUAUAUAUCUCCAUCGUGAUAAAAGUUUCAUGCCCCAAAAUCCAGCAGCGUGGAGUGCGUGGAAUUUCCUGGGGAGCAUAGACAACAGACUGUGUUUAACAUACUGGCUAAAUGUACUGCAGAAUAUUGAGGAUACCAGUCUUCCUUUCCUUGUGACUCUUAAUCCACCUCAUCAACCAGAAAACAUGUUGCUUAAAUGGAGAACUGGUCAUCCUGUACCCUCUGUCGCGGCAACAAAGGCUUCCCUUGACCUUGGAAAUAUUCAAGGAAAAAGAGGGAUAUGGUUUUGUGGAGCAUAUCAAGGUUAUGGCUUCCAUGAGGAUGGGUUGAAGGCAGGCAUGGUUGCUGCACAAGGUGUGCUUGGAAAAAGCUUCAACAUCCUAUCAAACCCGAAACAGAUGGUGCCUUCUCUGACAGAAGCAGCAGCCUGUCUUUUUGUAACGAGAUUCCUCAGGGGAUUUAUUACUGCUGGUUGUUUGACUUUAUUGGAGGAGGGUGGCACUAUUCUGACAUUCGAGGGCUCGAGCAAAAGCUGUCCUCUGAAAGUCGCAAUAAGAGUUCACAGCCCUCAGUUUUACUGGAAGGUUGCUACACAGGCAGACUUAGGCCUUGCAGAUGCAUAUAUUAAUGGAGACUUUUCCUUUGUUGAUAAAAAUGAAGGUCUUAUGAAUCUUUUCAUGAUCUUUAUCGCCAACAGAGAUUUAGCUUCUGCUUCACAGACUAACAAGAAGAGGGGUUGGUGGACACCAAUGCUUUUUACUGCUGGUAUUGCCUCUGCAAAAUAUUUCUACCAUCAUGUUUCUAGGCAAAAUACACUUACUCAAGCUCGCAGAAAUAUUUCUCGCCAUUACGAUUUGAGUAAUGACAUGUUUUCCCUCUUUUUGGAUGAGACAAUGACUUACUCCUGUGCCAUCUUUGAGUCUGCAAAUGAAGACUUGAAAGAUGCACAGAUGAGGAAAAUCUCUCUUUUACUCGAAAAGGCCAGGGUAGAGAAACAUCAUGAAGUGCUUGAGAUUGGGUGUGGUUGGGGUAGCCUUGCUAUCGAAGUUGUGAAGCGAACUGGAUGCAGAUAUACUGGCAUUACACUUUCUGAAGAACAACUGACAUAUGCAGAGCAAAGGGUAAAAGAGGCUGGUUUGCAGGAUCGCAUAAGGUUUCUUCUCUGUGAUUAUCGACAAUUACCAGACGCCCACAAAUAUGAUAGAAUUAUCUCCUGUGAGAUGCUUGAAGCUGUAGGGCAUGAAUUCAUGGAGGAGUUUUUCCAUUGUUGUGAUUCCAUCUUAGCAGUUAAUGGUGUUCUUGUCCUUCAGUUUAUAUCAAUACCGGAUGAGCGAUAUGAUGAGUACAGAAGAAGCUCAGAUUUCAUUAAGGAAUACAUUUUCCCAGGCGGAUGCCUACCUUGCUUGAGCCGAGUAACAUCAGCAAUGACUGCUACGUCCAGACUUUGUGUUGAACACAUAGAAAAUAUUGGGAUACACUACUAUAAAACACUCAGAUGUUGGAGGAAAAACUUCUUGGAGCAUCAGAGCAAAAUUGUUUCACUCGGAUUUGAUGAGAAGUUUAUCAGAACGUGGGAGUACUACUUUGACUAUUGUGCAGCAGGAUUCAAGACACGGACACUAGGAAAUUACCAGAUUGUUUUUUCACGGCCUGGAAAUCUAGCUGCAUUUGGUGACCCAUUCGCAAGCACACCCUCAGCUAAUUAAACGCUGGAGAAGUAUUCAGCUGAUCUACCUGUUGAUUGUUGGCAGCAAUUUUUGGUUUAUUUUUCAAUCGUUAUUGCCACGAUUUCUGGCAUUCUAUAUUUUUUCCAUUGAUUAAUCUGAUUAUGAUGGCCUAAGUUGAUCGUUUGGAUGUCAAAAACUGAUCUUAAAUCUGUUGAUAAUGGCAUAUAAAUUUUUUUGCAGAGAAUGCAGUGUAUUUUGUUAUGUUCA